AUGCCCAUUGCGCAGACGCUUCUCACGAUCCACACCUUCUAUGACCUGCCGCGGGAGAUGCAGCAGCUGGACCCGCGGCGGGAGCAGAUUGAGCUCGUCGUGCGGCCUGUAGUCAGGUACGACUACCAGGAGCGGCACAUCACAUUUCUAAAGCUGAACGAGCGUGUGCUGCCGUUCUCCUCCUCCUCCAUUUUGUUCAAGGGUGGGCGGCUUGUGGUGGACCUCGGCAGCCCCGCCUCCCCCAACGCGAGCACAGGAGGUACGCUGCAAUGCGCCUCGCCGCGUGACGCACCGUGCCCGCGGUGGCGCCCAGCAGCGGAGGAGGAGGCGUCCGAGGAGGGGGGCGGCGACGGUGACGACACCCCGCGGCGGGGUGUGAUGAAGGGAAAUCAGAUUCUGCUGCAAUACCCUUCCCCGCGUGGCCUCUCAACGCUGAUUGAUGUCAUGGUUGGCAUGCGUCAGCACCGUCUAGGAUCCUCCCUGGUGCGGUGGAUCACAAGCACCCUAGACACCAGCACGCCCUCCAACGGCGUCGGGUACUUCACCGUGGCAACCGAAGAAAUACGACGGAAGAAGUCUGUCACGCGUACGGUAGGCCUCAAUGUGGGAGGCGUCAUCUUCUCUGCCUCCGUCAACCCCGGUGACGACCAGGACUGCAUACUUGAACGCCUCAUGCAGGACAAGAAUCGCUACCUCGGCAGCUACGGCAACAACGAACUCCUGGCGAAGGUGGAUGUGGCUGCCAUGUUGCGUGAGGGACUCUCCGAAGAGGAAAUUCACCGACACAUGCGGCUGCUUGUGGAUCCCGACUACUACGUUCGACGCCUGGAGAACCUGCUGACGCUCUACCCCUCUUACGCGGGUGCGGAAUGGCGGCAGAGUGGAAUACUGCUGCAGAAUUAUGCCUCAAGGGAGGAGGAGCUGAUGCGCCGGGCCAUUCUGGAGAUUGGGCCGGAAUGCGCCACCGUAUCCGCGCGGCUUCGUUUUCUGGCCUACCGCAAAAAACACCUUCUCAGCGACCAGAGCAUACUGGCUUGCCUGCAAUCCGUGCUGAAGGGAGACAUCAAUGAAACCUUGGUAAAUGAACCCGAGGCCAUCUUUGAAGUGUUGACAAAAAACUUUGGAAAAGAGCCGCGGCCAUCGUCGUACCUCUUCCCUGUGCAGACGUAUACGCCGGACAGACGCACGUUCUUCUUUGAGACGCUGCACGUUCCGGUCAACCGAACUGGCGAGAAGCACCGCGAGAUGACGCUGGCCUCGCGCAGUAAGCGGACGCCCUUCACAAUGUCGCCGUGUGAGCGGCCACUGCACUUUGGGACGUCGAGUGGGCGCUCCAUUGAGGCCCCGAGUGAGAUAGAAAUUCUGCGGGAAAAGUAUUCCCCGGAGUUCGCCCAAAUUGUCCCGUGCAUCGCGAAUGCCCUGCAGGCGGUGGUGGAACAGAACCGAAAGCUCGUCCACGCCGCCGCGGCCGAUGCUAGUUUUGUCAUCUUUCAGCAACAGGGGGCGAAGCUGCAGCUCUCCUUUCAGGACUUUGUGCACCGCACGGCGGAGUACACCUUCAUCUCCCCCUCCUCCCUCCUUGGCGCCGUCAUCUACCUUGACCGCCUCUGCCUGCACCACCCCAACCUCAUCCUCACGGAACGCAACAUACUGCGACUCUUCCUCACCUCCGUGCGCGUCGCCUCCAAAACGAUGGAGCUGCGUAGCGUCAACAACCGCCACUUCGCGGAGGUCUUUGGCUUAGAAACAAAAUCGCUGAAUCUCAUGGAGGAGGUGUUUAUCAAGCAGCUGAUGUUUGAUUUUUUCCUCUCCCCAGAGGAGUUUGGGGACUACGCACGUCUGCUGCAGUCACCAAACGCCUACCAGCUCCGAGCUCUGUCGACGCAUCGGGCGUUUGCGGCAACAUGCGAGACGGCCGUCAAGGCGCCGUUGAGCCCGCAGGAAACGCAGAGGAGGUAUGGCGCCACGAUUAUCAGCGCCGAGAACCUUCGUGCCGCGAACCAGGCGGGAAGUGACAGGCAGGCAAACAUUAGAGAACACGUCGUUGAUGUCAAGGAGUCGGCAGGGAAUGCAGUCAUCAACGGUGCUCAGGUGGCAUCGUGCGCCGAGGGCGUGGAAAAGAAUGAACGCGCUAACGGGGCGGGGGCAUCGCCCAAGAAACUCGCAGGCGGCGGCAGCGGCAGCGGCGGCCAUGGCCUCAACUGCAUUGGUGUCAGCAACAACAAUAACACCGCAACGACGGUGGGGGAUAGUAACGGGGAUGCUUCCAGAGCCAUCGUGGGAGGCCUCAGCCAGGCAGAUCGUAAGCACAAGCUGGUGGUGUAG